CCUGUUUCGAUGAGAACCUGUGCGAUAUCAAAUUUUUUUUUUUAUAUUCAUCACACAACCUCAUCAAUUCAACCUCUCAUAGUCUACAGCCAUGCCAGAGAACGUCAUUGUCCUUCCACAAACCAACCAACUCAUUGGUCUCUACUCCAUCAUCCGUAACAAUGCUACCAAACGUGGUGACUUUGUCUUCUAUUCUGACCGUAUCAUCAGACUUUUAGUGGAGGAAGGUUUGAACCAACUUCCAGUUAAUGAUACUCUUGUCAAAUGUCAUGGAAACUACGAAUACAAGGGUGCCCAAUUCUUGGGUAAGAUCUGUGGUGUUUCCAUUGUCAGAGCUGGUGAAUCUAUGGAACAAGGUUUAAGAGACUGUUGUAGAUCAGUCCGUAUUGGUAAGAUUUUGAUUCAAAGAGAUGAAGAAACUGCCAUGCCAAAGCUUUUCUAUGAAAAAUUACCAGAAGACAUCAGCGAAAGAUAUGUUUUCUUGCUUGAUCCUAUGUUGGCUACUGGUGGUAGUGCUAUGAUGGCUGUUGAGGUUUUGUUGAGCCGUGGUGUUAAGAUGGAUAGAAUUCUUUUCUUAAACUUGUUGGCUGCUCCUGAAGGGAUCAAGGCCUUCCACGAAAAGUACCCUGAAGUCAAGAUCAUCACUGGUGGAAUUGAUGAAAAAUUGGACGAAAAUAAGUACAUUGUUCCAGGUUUGGGUGACUUUGGUGACAGAUAUUAUUGUAUUUAGAAUUGAUG